GGGGCAGCCAUAACUAGCCAGGCCCCUAGUACCAGCACUUGGCAGCGCGUCCCUGGGCUGGGAAGCUGCAUUUAGGGAGGUGCAGAGAACAGGGUUGGGUGCUCCUGCUCUUGGUUUCCUCAACCUCUGCCCACGACCCCCAGGCUGGUGCCCCCCUCCCGAGACCCUCGGGGGAGCAGACACCUGCAGGACAUCGCGCCAGUCCUCCCGGGCUCCCCGCCUCUCUCUCAAGAGGCCCAGUGCUUUCUCGGGGCGCUGUACCUGCUCACCCACGAUACUAGAGUCCACUGUCAUCCCUUUCCAUCCUUUCGUCUCUGCCUUUCCACCUAUCCUCCCCCUCCCAGCCCACCCCCACUGCUGAGUCCAGGGCUCACCUUCCACUCAUACCUCUCACACUUGUGUUCCUGUGCCGGGCUCUGACUCUGGGGCGCCCAGUGGAGGUCUCCUUUAGCCUGCGGAGGUGCUGGGGCAGCCGGGGCUGGGCCUCAUGUCCAGGGCACUCUCUCUCCCAUUGCUAGUCUUUUCCAACCCACCUGCCUGGGUGCUGUUCCUCUCCCCUAAACAGGAGAUGAUUUAAACGCCUUUGGAAGAAGGGAGGCCACGUGUGGGAGAGACAGGGUGUAACUGCAGAGGUGAGGCCUGAAGGGAGGAGUUUCUGCCCCAACAGGUGAAUUUAAAGGCCAGACCUAAGUCCUGGAAGGCUCCAGUGGACGCCAGGGAUCUGAAGGGCAAAGGCAAGGGCUGCUGGAGCCUGCAUCAUGUCGAGUCCGCAGAAGAGGAAGGCUCUGCCCUGGGCACUGUCACUGCUUCUCAUGGGCUUCCAGCUCCUGGUGACUUAUGCCUGGUGUUCUGAAGAGGAAAUGGGUGGUAAUAAUAAAAUAGUCCAGGAUCCUACGUUCCUCGCCACAGUGGAGUUUGCCUUGAACACUUUCAACGUGCAGAGCAAGGAGGAGCAUGCCUACAGGCUGUUGCGCGUCCUGAGUUCAUGGAGGGAGGAUAGCAUGGACAGAAAGUGGCGAGGUAAGAUGGUGUUCUCCAUGAAUCUGCAACUGCGCCAAACCGUAUGUAGGAAAUUUGAAGAUGACAUUGAAAACUGCCCUUUUCAAGAAAGCCUGGAGCUGAACAAUGUAAGACAGGGUAUCAGCUUUCCUCAGGUCCACAGCUGUGGAUGCUGCAUGGGGUGUGGUGUGGGCACAGGAGCAGCUGACAAAGCCAUUCCGAGGGACAAAGGGAAGUGAGCCCACAGCAGGCUGUACCAGGCUGCCCUCCUUGUGCCUUAGUGGGAAGCCCAGUGAGGCAUUAAGCCCAGGGGUUCACUUUCAGGCCCCUGGCCAAUCUGAGUUUCCUGAUUCUGCCCUCUGACACCAUUACAGCUGCCUGCACCUGGGCCACAUGGCCUUCAGAACCUUCUCUCUGGUCUUCCUCCCCACUUCUUCCCUGCCUUCUAGAGAAAGAGCCUGGAGACAAUGGUGACAAUGUCUGUGGGUACUUUUCUCAGGGUUUCCCUACCCGGCCCUAGACCCAAAAGUGGUGGAGGCUGAGAAGAAGCCCCACUGCCCUCGCUCCUAGGCCCCGUUGAGCUGCAGCACCUGCUCUAGGGGACGAGCUCCAAGCAAAGCCUGGCUCUGGGAAAAUUUCCCAUUCUUAGUCAACCCCCUUAUUGUAAGAUUAACAAAUAGGUAACUAAUUGCCUACGUCUGGGAACUGCUUCCACUGGGACAAAACAUUCUCCUGCUGCUCUUGGAUGCAGGGAUCACACCAGGACAGCCUGGGGUUCCCCUGAGGGGCACGGGCUGGAGGAGGAGGCAUGGCACAAGUGACCCUGGCUAAGGAGGGAGGGAGCCUCAAAUCACGUUGUAGUUCAGGAUUGGCCUCAGGCUCAGGCUAGACCUGAAGGCCAGAGCCACAUGGCUCAAUUGCUGGCCCCAGGAAUGGGCAAGGUGGAGAUGGAACCUGUGUUGAGGGCAGAUGCCACAAGAUUCCCGAACCUCCCCAAAUCCCGCCCUACUGUCUCUUCCUGUUUGUUCCCUCAGACCUUCAGCUGCUUCUUCACUGUUGAAACCAUGCCCUGGAAGACAUAUUUUGAACUCCUGAACAAGACCUGCUCAGAGGGGCUCUCCUGAGUGGAAGCCACUCACAUGCCUGGUCACAUGCUGCCCCCUCCCCCGUGGACACCAGCUGUUCCCAGGAGUUGACAUAUCAGUGGCUGAGCAGCUCCAUGCAUAUUUGUUCUCUUACUUUGCAAGUGUCUGAGGUUUUAUGACUUGGCAUUUUAGAAAAUCCUCAUUGUCCAGGUUCCUCAUGUAGAAUAGGUCAUUAAACAUCAGCAUUUGCAGAA